UGGAGCGUUUCUUUUUACGUAUAUGCGUAAUCUUCGUCUGUUUUUUUGUGAGUGUGUUUAUCUAUGUGUGUGUGUGUCAAUGUGUGUGUGUAAGCACAUGUUCGUUGCGUAAUCUGCCGUGAAAACGUUUGAAAUUCCAAGUUGGAGUCGUUGGAAUUGAAAAAUUCGUUUUUCCGUUAAACGAACGAGUGCACGAUAAGGGCGGGAUUGCGAAGAGAUACCGGUGGUGAGUGUGGUUUGUUGUGCUGUGCGUGUGUAAAAACAGUGUGUGUGUGCGCGAAUAUCGACGAAUCGAUGAAAAAUCCAUCCGUUUAAUAUAAUAGCAAAUUGUGAUUUACUACUUCCAAUUCCGGAGUAGCUGUGCGCGAGGAAUAACAAUUGCCAAGCGAACCCAGCACUUCCGGACACACAAACGACGACGACGACGUCUCUCACUGUGCAUCCGAGUUUCUUCCACAUCAUAACGAAUACAGAAUUCGAAUGUUUGUUUGAAUAUUCUCGGUCUGUCGGUGCGUUCCGAACGUUAAACGCUCGACGACUCCGACUUUUGCACGUACACGUCUAUUUAGCUUGCCGCCAGCUGAUAAGCUGCUCGUUUAUUGCGGAGAAAUUCAAAUGCACCGACGCAAGUCGGUGUCGCGAAUGAGUGAAUAUUAGUGCCACAGCGAAUAAAAAUAUAUACGCGUAGCCAGGCACAGAGCCGCGAGCCGUUUGCGUAACAGUGCGUUAUUUCGAUGCAGAAAAGUGAGCGAAAUUGCGACGAGUUGAUUUUCCGAGCAGCAGUGUCGUGUUGAAUCGAAAAAUAAAUAAAUAAAAAAGAGGAGUCGAAUCGUUGCUCCGUUUCGCGGAGGUGCUCUUCUCUGCAGUAUUUCGUGAUAUACAGUGGGUGUAUUGUACACAUAAUACAAGCCGCGCGCGCACGAAGCCGGCGAGUGUUUCGCGCGACAGCGCACGUGGAUAUAUACAUCUAUACUUGGAAUACGUAAGUCGGCGCGUGCAGACUGUGUGUGUGAGUGUGUGUCGGUAUAUGUGAGUACACACAAAUGAGCAUAUGGCAUCGAGCAAACAAGCCGCAACCGAAGGAAUGAAUUUUGUGCCGAUGCAGCAGCAACAUUAGCAGCGCGGCGCAUCGACAACAAACCCGCAACGACUCAUUGUGAACGAGACGAUCAAAGCAUUAUGCAAAAGGUCAACGUUUAAUGCGUCAUCAUCAUGGAGGCCAUUCAAAACAGUAAUGGCCCAAUAUCGACCCAGCGGAUCAAUGAUCCAAACAAUGGGCGUAUAAUGAUGUCCUUGUUGAAUCCCUUGAGAAUCGUGGAAAAUGGCGAUGCGCGCGACACUGCAGCGAGUCAAGAGCCUCAAAAGGACGUGGACCCUUUUCAGGAGCUUGAGAUGUACCUUUCAAAAGUUAACGCGGAAAUCAGUGAAAUAAUAUUCAAAAACCAGCUUGCGCUUCAAACAUCUUAUCAUGAUCCACCGUCAUCUUUAGUUGUUCCACUGGCAAUCCAAAAUUCAACAGAUGAUCUGAACGAUUCACUCGUCGACUCUCUACGAACAGACAGCGAGGAUAGCGGCAGCAGUGAGCAACGCAGACAAGACGAGCGCGACAAGGAAUUAAACUGGUCAGAAGAGAUUUUGCACGAAUUGAGUACUCUGAUCACAUAUGAUAUCAAUGAAAUAGUCGCCCCAAGUCCGCAAAAAAAUUCCAAGUCAGCAAAUCAUUCGAAAAAACGUUACAAAGAAAUCAUCCAUCAGCUCGGAUUGGCACGCAACGAGAGUUCCGAAGAGGAAGAAAGAAGUACCAAAGACAACGAGAGAAGUAAAUCAACGAAAGCUCCUGAAAACGUCGACUCUCAUGAUCGCUUGCUGAACUUGGAUUAUUCCUUACCGAGAGAUCAAAUUCUAAACGAGUCUAGAAAUGGACACUGGCGAAACGGAAACAGCUCCGAUUACGAUGAGCCUAAUGACAGUCUGAAGCAAAGAGCGCACAUGAAUUCUAGUCUACCAAGGGUUUGCAAUGCACAAUAUAAUCUGCCAAAGAAAAAUCAGUCAGAAGAAAGAAGGAGUUCACCAUUGAUCAAGCCGUCUACCGAUCCUAUGCCACGCUCUAAUCGGAUGCUUUACGCCGGUCUACAAAAUGGUACCAACGAACCAGGAGCCCAGCUUCCUCCCCAACCGUCUCACAGUUCCAAGAAGAAAACAAAAUUGUUUAGCGCAACUAGCAAGAGGCAGUCGCGUAGCGCUGAAAAGGUCGAACCCGAUUACGAAGAAAUUCGCGAUCGUGAAAUCGAUCACUUGUACGAGGUCAUACCAGGAAGACUUCCACCGCUCGAAGGCAGUAUGUCUCAGUCAGCUCCUAGUACGCCUCCAGCGACCAAGCGCACGUCGUUUUCUAAAUUUCUCAUGCGCAAGCAGAACAAGCAGUCAAUUUACCAAAAUGCCUCCGCAGACUCGAUACUCGUUGAAGCUUCUCCGGUGCUAAAUCAUGAUUUCAUUAACAGAGGGAGUUCUUUGAAGAAAAACAGAGCAGUGUCGCCAAUUUCAGUGCAUUCGGAUGCCAGCGCUAAGAGGUUGUCCGAAUCAAGCAAGGACGCAAUCAACGUGAGUCCCGUGGAAUUGAGAAAAUCCAAACACAAAAAUGAUGUGGCAGUGAAUUGCACUUUGCACAAUAGUAUUGUGAAACAUACAAGUGCUGGGAAUAUUUCAACGGAUUCAGCAUCCAAUGAAAAAGAUUUACGUGACGUGAGAAGAGUUACAAACGACGAUAAAAAUGUUGGCUCCUCAACGUUGCCGCUUUCGUUCCAUUCUCUGCUGACUCGCUUAACUGGAGGAAGUUCAUCCAGCCGUUCGAGGAGUCCACCUUCAGAAGGAUUUCCUUGCCUGGACAUGGCUACUCAAACUUCUCCUGGAGUUUCAAGAAGUUCCAGUUUUACCUGGAUAAGUGAUUGUGAUUCCCCACACCAAGAUGCCAGAUCUUUACAAGAAGACGCAAUUAUUAACACGGCUUCUCCGCAAAACACCGUGGACGAUGACAACAGAUCCUCUUCUUCCUCUCAAGAUCCUUUACAAAGUAUGGACGAGAUUUCUUCCGGUAGUCUUUCACCGGACGCCGCUGAUCGGGCAUCUCCGUUAGAAAGUGGAAUUGGCACCGCUAGUCCUCCAAGAAGUACCGAAAGACGUCUUGCCAAACCUCCAGCGUGUCAAUCGACAAAUCUGCCCACUGACGGAUACUGCAAAGAGACGUGGGAAAGAAUACGUCGACGUCCGUCAAAGUUACUUGGAUUGCGCCAAGAGUUCCCAUAUCAGAGCAGCGACGUCUGGGUAAAGCGAGAAAGUGUACACACGCAAACACGAACGCAGGAGGAAGACAAGAAAGCGGAGCACGAGGCACGCGACAGUAGCAGCGGUUACGACGACUCGCUUCCCCGCGCGAGAUCGUCCUCGACGAGGCCGGAUAAUUUACCGUUCGGUCUCUUAUCGGCGAAUAGCGCGAACAGUAGCUCGCUGAGCUCCAACGAGCUCGUUGCGACCAAUGCGUCUUCCACUCUGCGAGCAUUAUCGUCGCCGUCGACCGAGAGCCUGCAGCUGAGAAUCACUCAGUCGAGCGUUAUCGAGCUGCCUAGCAAGAGCACGAGCGCACCUUUCUUGGACAACGGAGCCAGCGCACUUGACAACGAAAACACCGAGAAUUCGAGUCGACAACAGCCCCGAUCGCAGUCCGAGAGGCAACUAUCAGAGAUCGAAGCUCAAGAGGCUUGCAAAUGGCUGAGGGCCGCUGGAUUUCCUCAGUACGCGCAGAUGUACGAAGAUUAUCAAUUUCCUAUCGAUGUAAACGGCGUGGCAAAGGACCAUCCUUUCCUCGACGCGGACUCGCUGCAGAGUCUGUUCCGCAGGCUACACGCGCUCAAUCGUUGCGCUACCAUGAAAUUGGAUACCCAUCACCAUCACCAUCAUCAUCUCAAUACUCAUCACAACGCAAGCCACGGCAAAAGCGGAGGCGGCGGUCACACGGAAGGCGACGAUUCCGACGAAGACACCCAGUGCGCACUGAGCGAGAACUGGACAUUUGAGAAGAAGACGCGACGCUGGUCGCGCGUCUGCGACAUAACGCCCGGCAACGUCGAGCGACUCCAAGCCCUAGCGACGACGACGUCGACGACAACGGCUCAGGGCCAAAGCCGAGUGGCCGGAGGCACGGCCGAGGAGGACAACAGCCUGGAGGAGGGAAGCAGCCGCUUGGAGCAGGACGAGGUGGACGACACGAUGCUCGACACGCUGCGCUACCGGACCCUGCCGACGGGCGUCAGUCCCGGCGAGGAGCUGACGCCGCGCUUUCGCCGUACCGGAUCCGAGAGAUUGCGCGACGGUGCCAAAGCCUUCCUCAGACGUAUGGAAUCCCUCAAAACUCGAAGACGAAAAGAUGCAAAACCAACUAAUCGAGAGAAUGUAGUCAUAGGCGCGCCGCAGGUGGUCGACGUAGCGGGAAUGGAGAGAAAGAUGAGGGAUAUGAACUGCGUAGAUGUGUCACCGACCGACGGGGCCCCGCCGGUGUCGUUUGCCGAUUUGUUGCCGCUACCGCCAGCUUCGCCUCAACCACCGCCAGCUUCGCCGCUAGCCAUGCCCCCGUCGCCGUUCCAACUGUCACCCUCUCCGCUGGCCAACAACACUACCAGUCCGUUCGGUGACGAUUCCUCGAGUUACGCUAGCGACGGAUCUCAGGGUGGAGGCCCGACCCCGCCUCCACUCACUAAGCCCAAAAUGAGUAAGGCCAAGAGAUUCUUGCAUCGCAGCGUUCGAGAGGAUCAGGGUGCACUCAGCGACUCGGAGUGUCAGCCUACCAGCUGGAGGCAUCGUUACUUCAAGGACGCCAACAGCAACAAUGCCAAGGUUUUGGAAUUCGUUACGUCAAGCCCGAGGGAAUCACCGAUGAAAAGCCCAGGGAGCAAUAUCGUCACGAGCACACCCAUCAGUACCCGCGGUGGCAGUCUGAAUCUCGGAAAGGAUUCGCAGCGUUACCGUGACAAAUAUUCGGCGGGCGGCACAAAAGAAGACAAAGUAUCGGCGCUCAAACGAGAGCACAAAAGUUUCUCGGUGCGACACCACCGUACCCUCGACGAGCCUAUUCGCGCGGAGAAGGUCAUCGCCAAGGAAGUCACGGUAUUUCGAGCCGACAACAUGCCGCCGAAAGCGGCCAAAAUUUUACGCGGCACAACGCCGGACGUCGUUCAGGAGAGCAGCUCGAGCGUGACUCUUCGCGGCGACUCCGACCCGGAGGAGGACUCGCCCCGGCACAAGGGCAACGUCGUCAGGUGGCACAGUUUUCAGAGGGGCUCGCUCUACCCCGAACCGCUGAACCCUCUGUGUCCGCGCGCGAUGGCCUCCAUGUCCUGCGGACAGCUCAUGGUACUGAGGAAGUUGGCCCUGCUGAAGCUCACCGCCUGCAUGGAGCGAUACUGUCCGACCCACAGAACCGGCUGGAAUUGGGAAUUGCCGAAAUUCAUAAGGAAGAUCAAGACUCCCGAUUACAAGGACAAGACCGUUUUCGGAGUGCCGCUGCUGUUGUCGCUCCAGCGCACCGGUCAGGCACUGCCCAAAUGCGUGCAGAUAGCGCUGCGCUGGUUGAGAGCCAACGCUCUCGAUCAAGUCGGCAUAUUCCGCAAGAGCGGUGUGAGAUCGAGGAUACAGAAGCUCAAAACCAUGACGGAAUCUUUGGGCGACAAUAUCAAUUUCGACGGUCAGCAGGCUUACGAUGUAGCCGAUCUCGUUAAACAGUACUUCAGAGAAUUGCCCGAGGCCCUGCUCACCAACAAACUGUCCGAGACGUUUAUUGCCAUAUUCCAACACGUACCGGGUGACCUGCGUCCAGAAGCGGUGCAGAGCGUCCUCCUUUUGCUGCCCGACGAGCAUCGCGAGGCGCUCGAGACACUUUUGGACUUUUUGCAUCAAGUCGCCAACAACUCGCCGUACAAUCAAAUGACGGCCUCGAAUUUGGCUGUGUGCUUGGCUCCGAGCCUCUUCCAUUUCAACCACAGCGCCGCUACUGUAUCGAGCAGCAACAGGUCCAACAGCGUAUCGCCGAGACGACGCAAGACCGUCGGUGUGCCCGAUCAACGCGAAUUGGCGGAAAACAAGGCUGCGCACGAUUGUCUGCUUCACCUCAUUAAGACGAAUCGAGAAUUAUUUAUGGUAUCCUCGGAUAUGUUGACGCAGUGUCACUUUAAUUACAUGGAAGAAAGUAUUCCAGUACCAUUGGAACAACUUGGAGCAGAGAUCAAGCAAGAUUGGAGGGGUUAUUUGUACGCCUGCACUGCAGCCCUUUUGAAGGAAGGACGUGAAAAGUACGUUAUUGAUCUUCUCACGUCGCGCCUUUUUUUGAAAUUAAAUCAAAGCCGUGGUUGGGUAUCUGUAAACAAUCCUGCCGAUAACAGCGUUGAUGUGGCGUACAAAAAAGUCGGCGAUGGUCACCCACUGCGUUUGUGGCGCGUUAGUACAGAAGUCGAGGCCCCUCCUGAAGAGCUACUGCAUCGUGUGUUGCGCGAGCGACACAUUUGGGAUCCGCAGUUGCUUAAGUACAGACAGGUGGUCAAACUCGAGUCUAAUGCAGAGGUCUUUCAAUAUGCCACUGGAAAUAUGAGCCCACUGCCAGCUCGUGAUUACUGUGUACUCAGAUCAUGGCAGACAGAUCUACCGAAGAAAGCUUGUGUCAUCGUUGAGACUUCAGUCGAGCAUCCGGACGCAUCGGUAAUGCUCGGUGGUACACGCGGCAUCGUCCUUGCCUCGCGCUAUCUCAUUGAGCACUGCGGAAGUGGAAAAUCGCGCAUCAUGCAUCUCUCACGCGUCGACACAAAGGGGCGUACACCUGAAUGGUACAACAAAAGUUAUGGUCACAUAGCCGCACUACAUUUGAGCAAAAUUCGUGCAUCUUUCAAACACACGGCUGAUGGCCCCGAGAGUAAAGUCUGAGAUAAGGCUACCGCGCAGCUAUUGCUGCGCGGUAAUCAGCAACAACAGCAACCACAGCAGCAGCAACAACAACAACAGCAGCAGCAGCAGCAAGCAACUGUUAUAGCUGCGGCUGUAGCCACAGCGAUCGAUCAGAUGAGCGAGGUGCAGCCGAGACAUGACCCACGAUACCUUAGACCACCAAACGAUACGGGUGAAGACUAGUAUCGCGCCGAACGCGAUUAUAGCGACGACCAAAUCAAAAAGAUCUCAUCACCUGAGGUUUUGAUUUGAAGUAAGCAUCACAAAGUAUAAUCGCGUGCGAAGAAAUUAUAUAUCUACAUUCAAAAGAUUAAUUUUUCCUUUUUUGUAAAUACGAGUUCUUUGUUACCCUUUUUCAAAUGAAUAUAUUCCAAUUACAUGGUACAUAACGUAUAUCGUAGUUAGAUUGCAUAUGCAUAACGAUAUUGUAUUUAUGUUGCAGAUGUGAGUUUUUGUCGCUCUUUUUUUACUUUUACGGACCAAAUGUCUUUUUUACGAAAAUAAUAAAUCAAAUACUAUUAAUCUAUGAAUAAAUAAUUACGUACAUGUCUUGUACUACUUAUAUUGUAUAUCGCAUUUGAAUAUCAUUUAAAUCAUUAGAUUAAUUUAGAAGAUGAGCGAUGGAAAGCGAUAGAAAGCGAGUAUGCAUAAAAACUUGAGAAUGUCUAUGUAAAAUAUCAUAUAAGUGGAACGAUAAUCUAUUAUUCGUAAUAUACUUAUCGAAACUGAAUCUAAGUUUCAGUGUUGUUUGACAAAUAUUAUACAUAUAUUUUUGAGAUAUAAUUGUCAGGUAUGACACGAGAGCUAAACCGAUAUAUUUGUAACUACGAUGAACUUUACGAUGAAAAAUAUUAAUUCUAUAUAAAUAUUUUGGAUAUAAAAGGCUAUUCAAAAAAAGACUUAAAAAAGUUAAAAUUCGAUACCUGAAUAACUAAUAUUUAUAUUUAAAGACUUCUUUGAAAAGAAAUCUAAUUUGUGUAAAUAGGUAUUUGUAUUUUUGAAAAUGUUUAAACUUAAUAUCGACGUUUCUUUGUGAAAACGAUCGACAAAAUGUUACUUUGUACUCGGAAAUGUACAAAAGUGUCUAUCUAAAAUAUAAAGAUUGUUAAAAAGCGAAAAUGAAGAAUGACGAUUUGAAAAGAUGCGUCUUGUAUUAUAUUAAAUUUCUAUGAAAAUUCGACUAAUUUGAAAAAUUCGACAAAAGCGUUCCAUUAGUUUCAACUUAAGUGAGUGUUUCUUAAAUAAAAAAUGUUGACUUUUGAAACAUAAAUGUUCAACUAUUUCUGUACUGAAUUGUGUCCUCCAUGUGUUCAAAACUAUUUACCGUCACCUGUAGGCCGAUUGAUAUGUGUGAAAGCAUCAAACAAAUAUACGCUCAGGGACCAGAGUGAGUGGUCCAUACACUGAUAAUAAUAAUAUGCAUAAUAUACAAAUUACGCGAAUGAAUACAUAACGUGAAAUACGUCGUUAUAAAAACAAAUUGUAAUUGCAAUUUAAUACUCUUGAAUUUCAUCGGUAAAUCAUCGAUGUAUUUAAAAUAAAAAAUGCUAGUCAAGUUUAAACUUUAGUUAAGACGGUGUGCGCCUAUGAGAAAGAAAAUAAUCAAAUUAUAUCAAUACAAUUUUAAAAAAAUAUUGACUGGAGUGACACCGAUUGAUGAAAC